GAAAUAACUUUUUUUCUUGUUCUUGCCACCUCAAAAACAAGAACUAAUUUCUCUGUUCUUGUGGAGUAUGUAAAGGGCCUUAUUUUGUGAGGCAGCAGAGUUGUUUUUUCAUUCACCAGAGUCUUUCCAAUUAAGCCAAAUGAGAAGCAGCUGCUCCACCUGUCACAGAGUCUCAAAAUCUAAAGAUGAGGUCCCACAAUACAGACUUCAUUGUGGUGACAUUUAUUUCAUUAUCGCUGCUUCUUUUGAAAGCAAAUGCUGCUUCAAAACUAUCUCAAACAACACUUUCUAACAUAACGGAUAAUGGCACAAAGAUUUGCCAUGAUGGUUUCAUGUCUGUUUACAUAUCAAAGGUGCAAUAUGCAGAUCUUCCCUUCACCAUUUAUGUUCAAGAUGACCGCAGUGGAUAUUACCAAGUCAUCGCUAUAGCAAAACAGUGCCACUACUUCCUUGGAGAAACUGACACCUUUUUCAUCUUAACUGUUGCUUCCAGUGGAUGUUUUGUGAGAAGACAAAAACAUAUGGCAAGUCUGACUGUUGUCAUCGUGACACUUGCAGACAGUGGAAGAGUUAAAAAUAUCAAGUUAAUACCAAUCCUCUGUGAAUCGAAAAUGACAGAAGUGAACAAAAAUCCCCUGGUAUCAAGACAUUUUUUCUGCAACAAGGAUGGCUUCAACAUUACCAUCCACCAGAAUGCUACAGUCCCACCUCUGAACCUGGAUGCAGUCUGGAUUCCUUCCAGCCCAAACUGUAAACCCACAAAAAGAUCAAAGGAUGUUGUCACUUUCAGCUUCCCGUUCACUGAUUGUGGCACUCGGUCUGUGAUAGCUGAUGGAAUUAUAACCUACUGGGUCACCAUUGAGGUGAAACAACAUCUGCCAAAAGGCUCAAUAUUUCGGGACACUCCUUUCCAUCGCACAGUUCAUUGUAGCUUUGCACUGGCCCAAAUUACUCAGCUGGGCAUCAAGGUUCAAGAAGAAAAAUCUGAGUACUUGUCAACAGUGAAGACUGAGGGAGUUCUGCGGACUGAAAUGAGAUUCCGAUUACAAGUCUUUCUAUUCCUCUCAAGACCCACCAACAUUUACAAAGCUCGGCCAGCCUGUGUAUGUGGAGGUGUUUGUUCUCAAACAUGAGAACAAGGAUCUGGUGCUGCUGCUGGAGG